AUGGCGGCAUCACUGUUCACCUUCUCCUCCACUUCAAGAAGAGUCGUCCCAGCUCCAAACUCUCCUCCUCUUCCCAUAUACAUCAAAGCCACAAACAUCGUUUUCAACCCUGAUAUACCAGAUGUUCAUCGAGAGUUCUUUCCCGAACAAGUAUGUGAGUUCUACUACACUGCAACGAUUAAUGAUGAGAACAACGUCAUGUCCGGGACUAUUGGCCGUGGCAGACACUCAGUUUUUAUCUCCGCUGACCUCCUCAGUGUUGCGCUCAGGUUACGAAUCUUUGAACCAUUCUCUGAGCUUCCAACUAUUAAACGCUGUCGACACCUCUUUGAUCAACUGGGCUAUGAUCACUCAAAGGCUGGUGCUCGAUCAAAUCUCAUUCUACAUCAAUGUAUGACUCCAAGAUGGAAGUUCUUCACCGGGGCUCUGUGUAAAUGUGUGGGUCACAAAUCUCGCAAUGGUGAUCAACCGAGCACUUAUGAGCAACAAGUUGUCUGUUCCCUUCUUCUCAACAAACGACUUGAUUAUGGGGCUUUCUUUUUUGAUCAGCUUGUCCAACUUCUUCGUGCAAAUGUAUGCGCUGAUCAUCUUCCCUUUCCAUGCUGGAUUGCUCUUGUGCUAGAUAAAUUUUUCGCUGAAGCUUACUAA